AUGGCUUACAAGCCCGCGCUUCUGGCGCUUUCCGUCGUAUUGCUCUUCAUUCUCAGCGCGGCUGGUGCUACUGCCAAGAGCGCCCCCGUCACGAGCGCCCCCGCCGCCAAACCCGCCCCCAUCAUGAGCCCCACUGCCAACGCGAAGCCCGACCCCACGUCCAAGAAGGACGAUGGGCUCAUGACUGAGGUUCCCUCCACCAUCGCCAAGCAAGUCGCUGCGGGCACUGCGGCGGGUGUCACGUACAUCGACACCGCGCAAGAUUCCGUGUUCCUGGCUGCCGCGUGCUGUAACACAUGCGCGGCCACGCUCCUCUGCUCGUACUGGCAGUACGUCCCCGAUAUAACCAUUGACGGAAAGGGGGGCAAGGGCGCGUGCUUCCUCCUCCACGAUAAAAUCGACUACACCUGUGGAGAAAUGACGGCACAGUUUUCGACGGAAACGAAGCCCGUGCAUUUGCAGGUGCGAGUCGGCGGCGAGUGCAACCCGUCGGCGAAAGUUCUCAACGACCCGCAUCUGGUGGGCGCGCAUGGCACGCACUUCGACUUCAACGGGCGGCCCGACAAGGCGUUCUGCCUGCUCACGGAUCGCAACCUGCACAUCAACAUGCUGCUGCGCGGCUACUACUCAGAUAACACGGAGAACGCGGCGCUCGUGGUUGAUGGCAAGGCCGUCCACACCUGGAUCAAGUGA